UGCUCUUGGCAGUUGAUCUUCAACGUUCGUUGCGAUCAGUUCGGGCGUGUGCACGUGAGUGUGCCCUUCGCGUUACGCGAUUAGAAACUUGUGAAACUGUGUCUUUAUCUUAGUGGUUAACACGUAUAUUUCUUCUGGAAGAGAAAUGCUGUUGUGUUUGGAGAGCAACAUUGCGUCUGGAGGAUAUACAAACGAAUUAAGUGCACGUGAUUUCGAAUAUUAAAUAAUUACCAUUUCUAGGCGUUUUAUGAGCAUAGCUCAUUUAAGAAGUUGAAAGCUAGUGUUUAGUGCUUGUAUGUGUUAUUCUGAGACCGCGGGGAUUUUUUUCUGUGGUAUUGAGUGAUAGCAGAAGAAGCAGAAACUGUGAAUAAGACAGUUUGUUUUCGGAAGUAGCUCUUCAAAAACCAGUUGAAGCGAUCGCUUCGAAACUGAGGAAAUCAACUUCGUCUGCAAUAACCGACAAAGGAUUACGGUCAAUUGCUAACAAAGAAGAUUAUCCCGCUGGCCCAUUAUGGAGGCCCAGACGGCACUUGUACUGACGAUCCAACUGAUCGCGCUUUUCUCCAUUGCCGGCGCACUAUUGCUUUAUCUGCUUUGUAAGGUCCGUGGCACCCGUGACGAUGACCAUGGUCCACAGAAGGGCUCGAUUCUGGUUACAUGUGCAGACACUGCUCUGGGAUUACAGAUUUGUACAUUUUUCGCCAACAAAGGCCAUCGGGUGUUUGCCGGUAUGAAAGACCCCGUUGAAUCUCUGCCGGCCAAGCUACUGAGGGGUUGGAUGAAGAUACGCGAAAACUCGGACACUCCUAUCGCCGGAUCGGUUGUUCCGCUCAGAAUAGACGUCACCCGGGAGGACAUUCUGCGCGAAGCGGCCGAGGCGAUGGGCAUUCAUCUUAACGCGGGCGAACGCGGUAUCCUGGCCGUCAUCAAUACCGCCGGGUCGGUGUACCGAGGUCGAAUUGACUCACAGGACUCACUUCAGUGGGAAAAUAUGUUCAAAAAUAACGUGAUGGGCUGCCUCCGAACGGCUAGAGCCUUCAUUGGCUUGCUGAGGCCAACCCGUGGACGCUUGAUUCUGUUGGGUUCGGGCAACGAAGACGAUGGAUUGACUGUAUUUACGGCCACUAGGAAUGCAGUGCAGGGCUGCGCUGAUGCGCUACGCAAGGAAUUGAGACCGUAUGGUGUGAGUGUGGUAACGUUAGACUCCAGAGGAGUCCCAGCCGAAGCUUUAUUCAAGGCACCAAUUCCAUACACAAUCUCCGACGAGGAAGGCGUUCCCACUCAAUACAGCGCCGAAGUGUUGACCAGUUCCGCCCUGGGCGUUAUAGAGCGAGCCCUGUACGAUACGCGACCCAGCGAGACCUACUGUCUGUCUGUUCCGAACACGAAGUUCCAGGUGAGGCUACCCUGCCGAUCGUCGUUCAAAGUAACCAGUGGCAAUGGCAGUGGUGGCAAGCAGGAACCGAAACCAAUACAGAACGUUUGAACGAUUUUCAUUUCCGCCUCUGGUCAACCCCUCGAGAGCGAAUCAGAGAGAGUGAGAGAUUUCAAUUUGUGCCUAUUUUUCUUCUGCGUUUUUUAUUUGUAAAAAUGCUUCGUAACAGAACUGAACAUUGUGAAGGUUUGUUGUAAAAAAAUACAUGAGAACUACUACCAACUGUUUCUUGCGUUCGAUGAGCACUCAGUGCUCAGUUGAAAGGAACGAUUUCUUGUAAAGUUUUGUUUUAGUCUUACUGAAUGUCUUUAUGUAAAAUACUAAGAAUAAAAUAAAUAUGAUUUACACUAAGCUA